ACAAAACAAGAGAAUUUCCCGCUGUUGACAUAUGUAAAAUUUACAUGCUACUGCAAUCAGUGCAUGCCGUAUUGACAGCAGGAGAACAGUGAACGCCGUCCCCGUCCCCAGAGGGUAAGCGGAAGGGCAGUGUGAAUGGGAAAACCUGUUAAGAGCAGUCCCCUGUGUGAGAGAGAGUUGGCAGACACCCGCUAAUCAGGGCCAUCAACAUGGUACUUCAGCUAAUAAGCCGAUAACGGGGAGCACACUGCCCCACGAAACCAAUUUGAAUCGGUCAAUGAGUUUAGUUUCAAACGGAACGCGGUGCCGACAAAAUGAGGCGCCUCUCAACGACUCACCACUUCAAUAUGCUUGUAUUAUAUCUCCUGGCACUGGGGCAGGUGCGAGUGCGAGUACAGGCGGAGGCCCAAACAAAGAAUCUGGAUCAAUCACUGGCUCUGACAGGUGCAAAUGCCACGCAGGUGGAGGCCAAAGUUCUGCGCCGACACAAACGCUAUUUGGCAUUUCCGGAUGGUUCAUCGGUUUCGGCGGCCAUUUGCAUGACGAUCGGCAUGAUUGGCAACCCCGACGUGGACUUUCUCAGCUGGGCGGUCAACUGGGGCGUCGCCUACGAUCUACCCAAUCGUGAAUGGGUGAUCCAGCAUGCCCAUGGCCUGAACGCAACCCUGGCGAAGGACGUUAUCAAGCGUCGCUCGCGACGCGCCUUCUACGACGAAGUACAGUCCAUCUUCAAUAACAUGGGCUUUAAUGGGCACUCCUGUGUGGCCAGAGCUCUCUGCGAGAGUGCCAGAUUCAUGUUGCCCCAGGAACAGCGGGGCAACAUGCUCCAGGAGCUGGUACGCACUGUCUUUAGCCUGCCCUCGACGCCAGUGGCAGCCCAAGAGCCCCAGGCCCAUCACCAGUAUGAUCGCAUCUACCGCCGCUCCAAACGAUCUUCGAAGGAGUGCCACGAAAUCUAUCCGGGGUGCCAAUUUUCCCUUCUGGCUCUGGCUUUGGGCAAGUACAUGGCCGCCACUACAACCAAGUUGAGUGCCUUUAAUUUUAUGUGAAUUUGUUGUAAGCAAAGAUACGCGCUAUUGGACUGAGAAAAUAAAAGAUAGCUUUUGACUGAAA